GACAGACAGAAGGGAGCUUGCCUGCCUGCCCUCCCCCCAGCCCAGCCCUCAUUGGCUAGGCUGCUUUGUCUUAGGGGAGCUCAGUGCCCCCUCCCUUUGUGCGAGGCAGCUGCAGCACAUUUGAAUGUAUAGAGGGGGGAUUUGAAGGGACCAUUUGCGAUGGGCCAUCUGUCUGGCAGGCAGCAGUAGCAGAAGCAGCAGUAGCAGUAGAGGACAGCGUCAGCGCCCCGACCCCUCCGUCCAGACAGCGAUCAGCAGCCAGAGCAGCAGCGCCCACUCUGCCAGUAUGGUGCUCGUACACGUCGGCUACCUUGUGCUUCCAGUCUUCGGCUCUGUACGGAACCGAGGUGCCCCAUUUCAGCGAUCUCAGCAUACUCACGCUACCUCCUGCCGCCACUUUCACCUGAGCCCUCAACCCCAGCUCCCGGACUUCCCCCUACACCAUCACCCGGUCCAGCCGCAGCAGGGCAUGACAUCACAUAUGGCUACUGCACACCAGCAUAAUGGAGCACUGCACCAGCCUCUGCCACCUCUGCCUGGCCUACCGUUCCAAGAGGUGGCCGGACCCUCCUUCCUACCUCAGGCCCUACACCAGCAAUACCUCCUCCAGCAACAGCUCCUCGAGGCUCAGCACCGCCGGAUGGUUCCACACCACAGGCGGACUCAGGAGCGAAUGUCUGUCCAUCCGCACCGGUUACGCCCCGGCUUCGACUUCAACCAACAAGUGCAGAUGCCUCAACCUUUGGGGUCCCGGUACUUGGCUGAAGGCACUGACUGGGACCUCAGUGUGGAUGCUGGUUUGCCACAUGCGCAGUUCCAGGUCAGACCUGUUCCUCAGCACUAUCAACAUUACUUAACGAACCCACGACUGCAACACUUCCCGAGGACCACGUCCCUGACGCAAAUGGUUGUCCAUGAAAUCAGAAAUUACCCCUACCCGCAGCUUCAUCUCCUUGCCCUCCAGGGUCUCAGUCCAGCGCGGCACACGUCUGCUGUGACGGAAAGCUAUGAAGAACUGCUGCAGUUAGAGGACAGACUGGGAAGUGUGACGCGGGGAGCAGUGCAAAACAUCAUUGAAAGAUGCACGUUUCCACACAAGUACAAAAAGAGGAUACCACAUGAUGGCAAAGACAUGAAAGAAGAUGAGGAGGAGGCUGACACAGACGAGAAGUGUACAAUCUGCCUGUCAAUGCUUGAAGACGGAGAGGAUGUCAGGAGGUUACCCUGUAUGCACCUCUUCCACCAAUUCUGCGUUGAUCAGUGGCUAGCAAACAGUAAGAAGUGCCCUAUCUGUAGAGUGGACAUCGAAACGCAGCUCGGGGAGGACAGCUGAGAAAAAUCCCCCACGUUGGCAUCCGAAUUCUCUUUAUCAGGUCCUCACGGCCUCCACCUGCAGCAAACCUUUUGCUUCCUGAGCCAUUUUAAGGACAGUCUGCAAGCACAUUAUUCUGUAGAUGAAUCGUAGGCACGUAACUAAAAAAAAAAAAUACUGGAGGAUCUUAACAGCCAUAAUGCCCCGUUUCGCAGGGGAAGCGGGCCUUCUCCCUGCCACAGGGCCGAUCGCUGGAGACGAAGACUGGCCCUUCACAGGUACUAUUGUGUCAGUCUGGCUUGCCAAUCCUGCACUGCAAAGAAUUGUACAUAUACCUCUCUAAUAUGUAGAAUCAAGUAGGGGUCGUAGCUAUUACUGUGGAUGGCAUCCGGAGCAUGUUAGCUUAAAAAAAAUAUUGUGUUCGGUGCCCUAGUCAUCUUGUGGUGGACAUGUUGC